CCGUCACAUGCACCUCCACAAGGGUGUUAUAUCGCGCGCAAAAAUUAAAAAAUUACAGAUUCCGGUCCAUCUUCACGCGUUUCCGGUUCCUCUUCACGCGGUUCCGGUGAGAAUUUAAUCUCUAAGGUCAGACUUUUCGAUGGACAUGGAUGGUCAGUGGUGUAAAGUGCUACAGUGGAAUUAGUAGAUUUAAUAUUUAGAGUCGGGGGAAAAACAAGGAAGUGAAUUUACUUCCUGUAGGAUCAAGUAUCAGUUAUCUGACAUGAUGAAUGUUGGGAAAAAGUUGUUGCCCGUAUUCAUCGGACUGAUAUUUUGGGCACAAAAUGGUGCGACCGAGAGGUGGUCUCGACAAGUGACCAACAGUGAAUGGAUACCUCUGGCAAAUCCUAGAAGUAAUCAAAGAAGCCAAAGUCAGCUGAGCGAAAAUGGAGGUCGUUUGCCACCUGAAUCGCAGCUAGGUCGAUCUUCACAAUUAUCACUUGCACCUCCUCUUCAGCAGCAGUAUCAAGAUCAGUUAUUUCAGCUUCAAAAAACACAAGAAAGCAUCCAAAAACUUUUACAUCUUCAAGAACAACUCAGAGCUCAACAGCAGUUGCUACAGUCUCAGGCCUACCUGCCCAGUGGAUUUAGGAAUCCGGAACAAGAGAAGCAGGCACUCCACCAGAGCACAAUAGCAAAUCUCCAAGCAAUUCCACAGCUUGCACCAGAGGUUCUAGUACCCCCAGUUCCAGGAUCAGAAGCACUUCCACCAGUAUUUUCUGCUCAGAAUUUCCACUUAGAUGGUGGUAAACCACAAAAAUUAAGAGGCCAUGUUCCUCUCCAUACACUGGAUCGGGACCAAGAUGGUAUUGACGAAGAUCGAAUAAAUGCUGAACAGGAUGCUGGAUCUCCAAAAGAUUAUCUCAGACAGGAUGCUAAUUAUGAAGCUUCCAAGCAUCUGAAGGAGGAGAACAGCCGAUUAAACUUCGUAACACCGUCACCAGGACAAAAUGGAAACGAAGAAGAGAUUCAGCUAGUCUAUGUUCCAGCUGAGACACUUGCUCAAAGGGGUCUCUCAAAAAAUCAAAAGGGACGUAUCCAAAAACAGUAUCUUCUUCGACAGCAAAACCGAAAGGAUCAAGGAAUUCAGCAUACCUCGCCGAACCCUAAUCAGAGAAAUUUUGCUCGUGAAUUAUUAUUGCAGUUGCAGCGUAAUCAAGAAGAAAAAAAUCAGUUUUUCCAGGAUGAAAGGAAUAAAGAGAUUGCAAGAUUGAAUGAAGAACAGAAGGAGCUUGAUAGACAGGCAAAGGUUCACCAGGAGGCUGUUCUCAGGGAACAAGCAUUGCACAGACAAAGAGAGGCAGAAAAGCAAAAGAAGGAACUUGAAAGACUAGAGGAGGUAGCCAAACAAAAAGAGUUGCAAAGACUACGUGAAGCCAGGGAAAAACAGGAACAAGAGAGAAGAAGGCUUGCAGAAAUGAGGGCAAAGGAGGAAAAACGAAGAAUGGAACAAGAAAGGCAAGAAGAACUUGCAAGGAUUAAGGAAAUAGAAGCUCAAAGGGAAGAAGAACGGCAGAGGGAUUUAGAAAGACAUAGAGAAUUAGAACGUCAGAGAGAUUUAGAAAAACAACGUUUAGAAGAAGAGACUCGUCGGAAUGAAUCUUACGCACUUCAAAGUCUCUCUCACUUCAGAGAGCACAAUCGGGAUGAAAGACCAAAUGCACAACCCUUGAUUCGUGACCCACAGCAUCAUCAGCACCUGACAGAAGUUACAAAGAAUCUGAAUAGCAACAGAAGACAUAGGCUACGGCCAAAAAUUUAUCAACAUCAGGAUGCAGACUAUCAAGACGAGAUGAUCACCACAACCCAACCAUCACCCAACCAACCACCUCUAUCCGUUUACAUGGGUACAGCUCUAGAUACUCGAGAAAUUAAAGUAACAGAUGUUCUACAACUUCUCAAAGGCGCCAAGACGAUAGAAGUUCUUGAUAAUGUUGGACCUAAUGUACCAAAAGUGUUUGUAGGUCCAGCUUAUCUUGAUCCUCCAUCUGGAUACGCGAAAUUUGACUUGCCAUAUCUAUCGUCAAUCGAACAUAAUCGAGUUGAAAGAAAAGUGGACAAACUGCCCUUUUUUGUUGCCCCUCUUAGCUUCGAACCUCCUCCUGGUUAUUCAAAAAUCCCAUUCCCAGCCCCUCACAUUGGAUCCGUCGUUGUCAACACAAUUGAUUUAAAUUCCGAAGGAGAGAGAUACGAAGACAAUCGAAAUCCUAGCCCAUCUUCAUUGAUAGAACCCAAUUCCUACGUUCUCAGUAGUCAACAGACUCCUAGUUAUGAUACAGCAUCAACGCCCUCGUAUAGUCAAGAAACGUUUGGUUCCACAAGGUACAGUGAACCUUCAACAUCUAAUGAACAAAUUUCAACGAAAUUGAAGUAUAAGUUCUUCACAGAGGAUAAACCUUCAACUCAAUAUUACCAGGAAAGGAAAACUCCUUCAGUAGUGACAACAUCGACCUUUGAAGAUGGAAGACGUUUAAAACAUAGAAAUCACUUUAGUACGAUACCAACAACAGCUAGUUAUCGCGAGUCCAGUUAUGUAACUCCAAGCUAUCAACCAAAUUUACCUCAGAGCACUUCUAGGUACCAAGAAGAUUUUACUAGUGUCUCGGAAACUCCAUCCGGGGAACAAAAUUACGAUCCUCAAUUAGAGCUAAUAAAUCAAGAGCAAGAACAGCAAAUGUAUCAGAGUCAAUAUACUGUUGGGCCUACCGGACCCAGCAUUGGCAAUACUUAUUAUACGAAUUCGUUUGAUCAUGCCAACAGAGAGAUUGUUAGUCCAAGUCAGUAUAAUUUACCUUCUGAAUUGCCAGCUAUAUCGCCACAACUGCCUGGAUUAGUGAAUGCUUUGAUAGAAAAGCAUGAUGACAUCCCUCCUUUGACGACAACUACUUCAACAACUACAACUACGACGACAACUACUGAAGCAGCUACAACAACUGCUCGGAGCCGAGGAAGACAGAGGGGACGAGUUGUUCCUACCAGAGCCCCAACAUUAUCGCCACCAACAGGUAAGUCGACAGUAGAUAGAGCUCGAAGACCGUUGACCAGAUCUAGAACCCGUUUGACCACUACCACGGAAGAAUACCAUGAACCAUCUUAUGAACCAACGAAGGGUAAGAUCGAAGAUACCACAUCAAGGUACACGGAACCAGAUACUCGCAGACAUCCUACUAUUAGGAGUCAAAAAUACAAAGGUCGCGAUGAAGAAAAGAUCCAAUUCGAGGAUUCAAGUCAUUCAAAAAAUAUACACGCCAAUGAUCACAGCACAUACGAGACUAUUUCAACUAGGGAACAAGCUUCAACCCAACAAGGAACACAUUCUAACUCUCCCGUUUAUCAAAGGAAUGAUUAUUCCCCUACAACAGCUCCAAUUGAUAACUACUCUCGAGAUGAUGUUGUUCAAGAUCAGCCCAUGAGUGAUAUUGAAUAUACCAAGCAGCCAGUUUAUCAACAGCAUCGUCAAUCUAAUGGUCAAUAUGAAUCCAGCUAUCAAUCUCCAGUUUACACACAACAUCUGGAAAGACAGCCAGUCAACGGAUUUAAUUAUCAAGCUCAUAAUAGUGACGAACAAGUAUCAGCGACACCUUCCUCUCUGAGAGAUUACUCAUUUUAUCAGAAUGACAAAAUUGGAAAUGCAGAAUAUGAACCAGUGGGUACAACUGAAGUACCAGAACUUCCAAGAACGCACCAUCAAGACUACUCGCAUUAUAAUGAUGCCGGUCUUCAAACCCAAUCCAAUUAUAAUGCUCCGGCCGAUCACUAUGAAAGAACUGAAAACAUAAGGAAUGAGUACCAUCAGCCUCAAAGGGAGAAGCAGAUUGAGUAUGAAGUGCAACCAACUACUACAGAACUACCUUUGGAGCUGACAACGCAGGUCACCACCACAACCACAACAACCACAGAAGCACCUGUUAUUAUCAGACAGAGAGUCAGAGCUCGUCUUGGUGGGCGAACCCAAAAAGAUUCUACAGUUCAAACUCGUCCUAGAGGCUCAAAUGACGAGUUCGUGAAAUUUAGUGCAGUAAAUCAAGAUUCUGGAAGAUCAUCAUCAAGUACCAGUAGUCGCAACAGAGACAGCACUCCGUCCCGGUUAAGGCCAAGAAUUCGCCCACAAUCUCGGGACUCACCAAUACAAACAGAGGGUGGUUAUGUGAAUAUUCAGGCUCCAUCGCAAUCCAGAAAAUCCGUCAAGACAUCCACGACUCCAGAAACAGUAACUGUAUUUGAGGGACCAGACGCCGAACAGGAUUAUGGUUUCAUAAGACCGCCAAGCUUCCGACCGGCACAAACCGAAGAGAAAUUUCAAACUGUUUCCUUCAGAGCUGGACAAACCCAGGGGCGUUUACAGAACGAACCCAGUGAUUCUGCAACAAUUGUAGAAACGAAUCCACCGGCACAAAUUUAUAAUAAUCGUCAAAAAUACCAAGCAGCUAAUAGACGCCCACCUGGCCUUAAACCUUCAUCACUUCGCACAACAACGAUCAGGACAACGACCCCUAUUCCUGAAGAGUCACCUUACACUGUGAAACCCAAGCCGAAAACUGAUGAAUUGAAAACGACGAAAACUCGAGGAAGAGUGCGACGACCGGGAGCCAGAAAACGACUAACUACCACGACCACCACUGAAGCUCCUGUAGACGAUAAUAACGAGUUACCUCUAGAUGAGAAUUACCCGAGAAUUGUUCAAACCGUACCGCAGAGUGUCUCUAAUCAACAGGCAUUGUACGAACCCGACGACGAACAGCAGUAUUCUAAUUACAGAAAUACAGCGAGUCGACUACACGAACUGUCCGGAGAAAAUUACCCUCAGGAUUUUAUUUUAAACUACGGCGUUCAUUCAAAUCAAAAUUCACGCCGAGAUGAAUACGAUCAAACUCAGCUCGCAAGUAAUUUGCCUCGCAAAUACAAUCAUGGAGCUCGUACGACAAAAACGCAUUCUCCUCGUCUACCAUCAUCUGAUAUUUACGAAGCUGAAAGUCAGUGGUCCACAAAAUUGACUGGAAAUUCAUUUCAGCCAAGCUAUUCUCUAAAUGAUUCAAGGGACCCAGCUCUGAAAACUGCAGGCAAAGUUAACUCUGAAAAACAAUCAGACUUUCCGGAAAUUAUUACUGUCGGUCCGGAAGUUCAAGACUCCAUCGCCGUAAAAGUCUCCUCAGACGAUAAAGCUGUCUUCAAUGCGGAAAUGACUUCAAGUGCAGAAGCACUUAUGAUGGAGACCAUGGAGUUUGGAAAGAAGACGAAUUCUGAUGAAAAUUUGGAAGAGGAAGCGACUACUAUUCAAACAAUGCUUCCGAUUUACCAGGAAAAGAUGGGUAUCAAUUCGGAAACUACGAUUAGAGAUGCUUCGACUGAGAGUCUAAUGGAAACCGAUCUUGAAAAGAUAACAAAGAAGGCGGCCGAUCCUUUAACUGUUCGAAAGACUGGACACCGAAGAAGAAAAGUUCGAGUUCGUGUUAGACCUGCUGUUGAGGAUUUCGUAACAGCAGAGUCUCAAAAUUAUGGUUCUCCUUUCAAUAGUCUUGCAAGAGAUUCCUUCAAACCCAGUAGAUACCACCAUGACUACUUUUACACUACCACUGAAUCAUCUCCUCCAACAACCCAAAAAUCGUCCGAAAAAUCAAUUUUAGAUGAUUUUUUUCAAGAAAUGUUCAAGGGAAGUGACGGACCUAACGAUGAAACUACUGCAGCAACUGUCUCUUCUGAUGAGAUUUGGACCACAACUGUAUCUCCCUCAAAUUAUGAGGAAGAAAGUACCACCUGGAAGGACAUAGUCACUGACGUAGCACCCGUUUCAAAACCUUUGACAAUUCUGACUAAAGUAGAAGCUCAACCAGUUGAAGUUCUUCGUCUCGAAAAUGGGGCUAAACCAGAAGACAAAUCAAUGUCUCUGGCAGAAGGUGAUCCUGAAGAUAAAUCCAGAGAAAUAACAACUCAAUCAGUAACUGAAUCAGUGAAUACAUCAGAUGAUACCUCUUACUCAACUGAAGCCUCUCAACGAAAAGAAGAAGACACUUUUACCUACAAAAACAAUUUUGACAACAAUUAUCAGAUUGACGAAAACUUCAGUAAUACCAACAGUGAAUCUAAAGAUCUCCAAUUCUCCAUGGAGGCGUCCAAGGGGUUUCAAAGUGUUGAAGGAAAUCUCGAAAACGAGAUGCAUCAUCUAGAAAUUUACGGACAAGGUUUAAUUACCAGUGAUCAGGAUUCAGUAAAAAAAUCCGAAUUUGCUGAUAACUCCGAGGAUCCUAUAUUGACUUUCUCUGAGGCGCACCCUAAGAACCACAGAUCCGAAUGGAGUGAGGUAAAGUACCCCACAGAUAGAUCUCUCUACGACUUUGCAAAAUACGGUUCCUGGAACUAUAAAAACUUAACAAAUACGGACCAAAUAAAGCCCGAGAACAAAGCCAAAGAAAAGGAACCUCAGGAGCUAUCAGACUACGUUCAAGCAAUUUUUGACAGCAUCAAGAGUGCUGACGAGGAACUGAGCUCCAAGCAAAAUUACACCUAUCCUUCUAAUGUUGGUACAGAUCUAACGACUCAAGACUCAGUUGCUGAUGAGUCAACACAAAGUGAGGUGACUAGAACUUAUGUCAGCCCUGAUUUUUCAAACCCAGAUGCUGUUACAGUUCCUCCUAUUUCCGAAACUACGAAAUCUGAUAACAUAAAAUCCGAGACAUCAGUCAAAUCAGAGACAUCUGUUAAGUCUAAAGCAUCGGCUAAAUCUGAGAUUCCAAGUCAAACCGAGGAGCUGAAUUCUGGUAUUACAAAGUUGGGAAAGGUCUUGAGGACAUCGACAACUACGAAAGUAUCGCACAUGACCGAAAUCUGUUAUCGGGGUCGAUGUGUGAUGACUAGGCCAAGGAGAGAAGGUCACGCGAGAUGAAGGAGAGUCACGAGAUUCGAUUCAAAUUCACCAACGGUUCGAUUCGUUGGAGGAUUCGCAAUUUUUAGGGCUGUGGGUGAGAUCCUUGAAAAGGGAAAGAAACUUGGAUUGUCACCCGCUUGUCGUGAAAUGCCGUUUAUAGAAAAGCAGCAAAAUUAUCGAACGAAGAGAGAGAUAGAGACAGAAAGAGGUAGAGGGCGAGAGACAAUGUCUAUGAUCUACUCUACUUCGUUGAUAUGACAGGAACUAAGCUUUGUAUUUAACUAACGCAUAACAUUGUGUAACUUAUCGCGUAAAAGGUAUUCUUAAGAAUAUUUAAUUUAACUACCCAGUUUGUAAUAAAUCUGUGUGUGAUAAGACGAGAGAAAUGUAUUUUGUUAAAAAGUCGAAAAAGGAAUCAGCUUCUUUCGUUUUUAUUUUCCUAGAGCAGUCUGUAUGGAGACGAGAGAGAUUUAACUGUUUCAAGAGAGGUUUCACUCGACAGACUACUUUAAACGUAAUUUUGAGGACUCCUCUUUAUGAGUGGAGCACUUGGAAUGCGGAGAAAAUAGCGAAUGAAGCAUGUAAUCGUUUUUGUUAAUGUUAGACUCUUGAAUGGUAAGAUUUUUUUAAUUUAAGCUUUUUGUAAGGUAAACAACUUUAACUUGUUGCCUACUUGAUUUUUGUAUAUAAAUGAUAAAUAAAAUUAAUUCCUAUUUAAAAAUGAAGUACAUUGUCAUUAAAAUGCUUUCACACUUUCAUUCUUGGUUGAAGAUGAAGCACGAUUGAGGAAUGAUAUAAUUAAUCUUAAAGGACAAAUAGAGCUUCGAUUUUUAAAUAACGAUUUUCGUUUAAAUAGGAAACCGAAAAACUAUUGUCUGAAGAUCGAUGCCCUGAGUAUUGUCGCGGAAAACCUCACGUUACUUUUAAGAGAAAAUCGAUGUUACAGUGCCAUUCAUAGCUUAUGAUACUUAAUAGCCUUUCAGACUUCAUCGCC